AUGUCGGCCAGCGACAGUGACUGUGCGGACGUGAAAGAAGCGUCUCCAGCUGCUCACAGAAAGUCCUCUCACAUGGAGCGGAGCAGAUCCCCCCGGACCUCCAAGCGCCACCACUCCAAGUCCCGCUCUCGCUCCCGGGACAGAAAACGUGACAGAAAACACAGACGGAGUCGCAGCAGGAGCAAAGAGGCUCGAAAGAGGGACCAUGAAAAGUCUUCAAGAUCGCACAAAAAAGUCCAUGACCCUGAGAGGCUGUCGGCGGAGAAUGGAGACGAGCGGUCGCGGCGGAAAGAGCGCAAGAUGUCGAGAGAGAGGAGCGCGUCACGAUCCCCAUCCCGGGACAGACAGCAUCACAGCAAGAGUAAGGAUAAACGUAGGUCCAGGAGCCGCAGCAGAGACAGAAAGAAGAAGGCCAGGUCCAGGUCUGGCUCUAGACCGAAGCACAGGCAUCAGAGUAGGAGCCGCAGCAAGAGCAGGGAAAGAAAGAAGCGGGUGGAGAAAGUUCGAAAGAGAAGUCGAAGUCGUUCUGCUACCCCACCUAACUUUAGAGGACGGAAUCCAGCCAUGGACGCUCAGGAGGCUUUAGCCAGGAGAUUGGAGCGUGCCAAAAAGCUUCAGGAGCAAAAAGAGAAAGAUCUGUUAGAGAAACAGCACCAGCAGCAUCAGGAGAUUGCUGCAGCUCCUGCUCCUACAGCCGCCUCAGCUGUUGCAGCUGUUGUCACCACGCCAGGCCUGGAUGUGGCUGCCCUGCUGGCCUCAGGCACGCAGGUGACCCCACAGAUCGCCAUGGCAGCACAGAUGGCUGCUCUUCAGGCCAGAACACUGGCUGAGACUGGCAUCGCUGUACCCAGCUACUACAACCCUGCUGCCGUAAACCCCAUGAAAUUUGCCGAACAGGAAAAAAAGAGGAAGAAACUAUGGCAAGGAAAGAAAGAAGGGGACAAGUCCCAGACAGCAGAGCUGUGGGAGAAGUUGAAUUUUGGGAAUAAAGACCAAAAUGUGAAAUUCCGAAAGCUGAUGGGUAUAAAACCAGAUGACGAGGAGGAGGAGGAAGAAGCCGCUAAACCUCUGAAUGAAGACGGUUUGAAGACUUUGCAGAGGCAGGAGGAGAUGUUCAGAAAUCUAGACGUCCAGUAUGAAAUGGCCCGAUCGCAGACGCACACACAGAGAGGCAUGGGGCUGGGCUUCUUCUCCCGGGGGCCGGAGCCUAUGUAG